CCCCCGGCACUAACCUGUUGCAGUGUUUCCCAGAAAUCAACAGCGGCGGCGACGAGGGGAAGUCUCGGUACUUUCUCCUCCAUCUCCGUCCACCGCUGUCUGCCUGCUCAUUCCUCCUUCUCUCUCUGUGUCUCUCUCUCUCUCUCUCUUCACAGUAGAGAAACAAAACCAAAACACCAAACAUGGGUUUUGGGGGUCUCGGUUUAACGGUGCUCUUGGCCGCCAUGGUCGCUCUUUGCUCCGCGGGCUCGGACGCGCCCCGGGGAGUCGCGGUCGGGUUCGUUUUUGACCCCAAGGCGAAGUGCGAACCUGCCUGCGAACACGGAGGAAUCUGCAUCCGCAACAACACAUGCUUCUGCUCCAAGGGCUAUGAAGGAGAGACCUGCCAGUAUGCCAACUGUUAUCCCAAAUGUAAGAAUGGAGGAAUGUGUCUUCGCCCUGGAAAAUGCAGAUGUCCCCCAGGAUUUGGAGGAAGAUACUGUCACAAAGUGACGUGUGACGGGGGAUGUUGGAACGGUGGAGAAUGCAUCCCUGUCAACGGUGUGGCAAAGUGUAUCUGCCCCUCAAGCUGGACCGGCUCAAAAUGCCAGGAAGCAAUCUGUCCACAAGGCUGUGGGAACGGGGGAAUCUGUGUGGCUCCAGGAAUCUGCAGCUGUCCGGAGGGAUGGCUGGGUGGUGCCUGCCACACUGCUGUGUGCACUCAGUCCUGCCUGAAUGGAGGGAAGUGUAUUUCUCCCGAUAAAUGCCGCUGUCGCCCCCCUUUUUCUGGCCCUCGCUGCGAGGAGAGGAAGAAGUCCCACUAGUGUAACCCUGCCGGGGUCAAAGGUCAAUGAGGCCCAAUAAGGGGCUUUAUGCUGAUGAGGAUAGUUCAAUGUUUUUAAGCUGAAACAUUUGUAGUUUUUAAUUUUUUUUACCAUGUAUGUAAUUCUUUUUAAGAAACCUUGAAUCCGUUUAAUGUUCUCAUUUGACUGUAUAAACGUGUACUGUACUGUAAUUUGUGUCAUUAAAUGAAUAAAAGAGUGCAUUAUCAAUGCUCAUUUCACCAAAACAAAA